AUGCACCAUCCUGCCUUAUAUAAACUGCUUCUGACAAAUUUGGUUAUCUUUGAUGAGUAUCCUGUAGAAAACACUCGUAGUAUCAUACGUUCUAAAACCAACACCCAUGACACAGCUGAACAAAUACAGAAGAAAGCGAAAGUUGUGUUUCAGUCAAAAAUGGAACAGCAGCACUUCAAAGAACACUUCACCCAACUCAAGAAACCGCAGUGGUCACUUAAUAACCUCAAAAGUCUGAAGGCCAAAUGUGCAAACAUUCUUGCAAACAUAUUUACAGGAAUAGCCAGGAACCCAGGGAAAGCAAAAAUCUCUACUCAAGGCAAAACUACAAAAGUGUUGUUGCCCAAGAUAUUUGGAGAUGAGCCUGUCAAGAUUAAAGUCUUACCUCUGGGAUACUGCACCAGCACCAUUCCAGACCAAAGCAGACGAUGUGAUUUACCAGGGUGCAACAUAAAUGAAGAUCUGUCUUGGAAAAUAUUUGAGGGCUGUUCACAUUCUUUCCAUCAUUCCUGCCUUGGCGAAAUACAGUUUUGUCCCCUCUGUCAAGCCUUCCUUGCAAAAAAAGCAGAGAGUCUUUCAAAAACUGCCAAGGAAGCUAUUCUAAACCCUAAAGAAAAAGAAAGUGUAAAUGAACAAUCCAAGAACCUACCAGCAGACGACAGUGAAAUAGAGGGUGACUUAGGCACUGCAUUGCCUAGUGGAGAUGUGGAUGAAAAAAUAAAACAUGUGAAUAAAGACAUAAUGGCACUACCAACACCACCAUCCCCACCAUUAAACCAAGUAUCAAGCUCACCAAGCCAACCAAGUCAAGUUCAUCCAUCGCACAUCCAGCCACCUGCCUCAGCAAGCACAGCACCCAAGAGACAACAACUAUGCAAACGAUGUGGUCACCCAAGAAAGGGACACACAUAUCCAAAGAAUAGUGCAGUCAGAUGCCCCAGAUGCAGUAAUGGUGUGUGUGCGACCCAUGAUACAUGUACAUCGACUCAAAAACAUUCAACCGCUUUGCAACCAACACUCCAUUAUGGACACAUUGCUGAAUACAUCUUACCUUAUCAUCUUUCCCAAGCAACAAUUUUUGGUUUUCCAAUUGGGAGCAAUGCAUGUACUGUCAUUGCAGUCAUUGGGGCUAUGAAAUUUCUCUGUGGUGAACUCCCAUUGCCCUCUCCUCAAGGAAUUAUGAACACCAUUGCAUCAUUUGCCAACACCAUGAGGGACGGAAAUAUCCAUUACAACUCCUUGGCCAUGCCUUCUCAUCAGCCUAAUCUGGAUGCCAGGGAGGCCCUGCAGACAAGACAAGAUAACUUUGGACUAACAAUUUCACGGGACAUUGGGAUUGUUUCUCCAGCCUCUCUCACAAAUGAGCUCAAUCACAUAUGCAGAAGUGAAGAAAAUCUAUGUACAAUACUAAUAACUCCUCCCGACAAGUCCAUGUUGCUUUGCUUUAGCAAUGAACAAAACAAAAUAGCACUUUUUGACAGCCAUCAACAUGGUAGUUAUGGUGGACUUAUUGCAGUGGCAACUUACACACAAGUUGAUAAUUUUGUUUCGUUUCUGAGCUAUAUGUGUGCCCGUGAUUGGGGCAGUGGUAUUCCUGGGGCAAAUUUAGCAGUGCUGACAAAACGCUGA